GGAAACCGGAGCAAACAUGGCCGCCGUGGAGCUGCUCGGACAGUGAAGUGAGAGAGUUCGCUGGGUAAGAACUGCAAAUAUGCUGGCACAGCUCCAUUCCCGACCGUUAGAUGCCGGUCAUUUUGUGGGGCAUAGCCGGAAGGAUUCCCGACCCGUAGAUGCCGGUCAUUUUGUGGGGCAUAGCCGGAAGGAUCCUCUCAAGCUGAGAAAUGUUUCCUUUGAAAUACACCCAAAAUCCCAGAAACAAAAGAAGGCCAGGGAGAAGACAGAUAUCAUGGGAUUCGAGGUCUGUAAAUCUUUACACUGGCAGAACUGGGAGCUGGGGAAAGAAAACAUCAAAAUUCUCACCCUGAAAAAUGUCAAAUUAAAAACGCAGAAGGUUACGUUCAGUGCUCCAAGCACCCCUUUCUACAACACCCUGUUUCCUCAGCCUCUCACAUUAAUGCAAGGAACAUCGUUCUCCCUCCCUAUCACUUUCAGACCACUGGAAAAGCGUGAUUAUGAAGAUUCUAUCGCCUUCGAGACAGAGGAAGGCAGUUUUUCAGUGUUACUCAGAGCUACUCUCCCAAGAAACAAGCUACUUUUCCCGGAGGAACUUACCAUUCCCACAUGUGCAGUCUAUCAUUUUUCUGAGACAUCAUUUGUCCUACACAACUCAUGUGACCUGCCAACAACGUUCAGAUGGGAAGUAUCAGAACCCUUUGUCCUGAGUCCAGCUAGUGGUGUACUGGACCCACGGUGUGAGACUAGAAUCAAUAUCCUGUUCCAACCACAGGUGGCGCUGGUGUACAGUGUGACAGCAAUAUGUCGAUUUGGAGUGAAUGAGGAAUAUGAGAAGAGCAUGCAGAUCACAUCCAUUGCUAAAUACCCCCAUCUAGUGGUGAGAUUUCCUGGGGAAGCCGGUGGAGAGGAUGAAUCUGCCCUGCAGUUUGGUUCGGUUGCAAUGGGGGCAGUAAAGGAGAAACACAUUGAAAUACACAAUGUGUCAGAGGUAGAUUCACCUUUUCGAAUUGAACGUGAUAAGAAACCCUCUCAGGUGGACUGUUAUUUUUACUGUGACAUUGAGCACGCAGUCGUUCCUGCCCAGGGGACACUCAGGAUACCAUUGCAGUUUCGUCCACGUAUUGUUGGAAUGGAGAGCGUGGAUUAUUUCCACGUGAUCCCAGUUGGUAACUUCACAAAAUCCAUAAUUAAAGUUUCAGGGAAGUGUCAAGGCCCAUGUGUGUCUCUCCUGAAGUCUGUACUGAACUUUGGAUUGGUGAAUCUGGGGGAGCAGAUUCUGCGCACAUUUGAAAUGACCAAUUCUUCAGAUGUACCAGCCCACUACCAAUUCUAUAUUGGCAACAAAGAAAGUGUCUUCUCUUUUGAUCGGCUUUGUGGCAUUAUUGGUCCACAGGAAACUCAGUCACUGCAGGUCAUCUUCUCUCCACUCCACCCUAUCCCGCACUAUCGGAGGGUUGCCUGUCUCAUCCACAAUCAGGGCCCUCUAUUUCUGGAUUUAAUCGGUACAUGUCAUUCUGAUACGGAUAAGCCGGCGAUAAUGCUCCCCAAACAUCUUCCUUUAUACAGGCAGAACCUUGUGCUGGGGCUGACAGCUUACCCCCCUGACAUUCUAAAGGCUAUGCUAGAGGAAGGGAAGCUGGGGACAGACUCAGAGGGAGCUCUAAUGCUAUUGGCAAAGGGAGACGAUGAAGAAGUGCCUGAGAAACACAUCAGCAUGGACCCAGUGGUUGAAUUCUUUGAUGAUGAGUUUAGCAUUGAGAAUGCAACAUUUCCACCCCAUGUCACAGCUUCUACACGAGAUUUUGAUUUUGGUUGUUGCACUGAAAAUUCCCACAAUGCAUCUCUCCCCUUAUCUUUGACCAAUCACACUAAAGGAAAAGUGACCGUCACCUGGACUUCUAAACCUGACUGUCCAUUUCAGGUCAUCCCAGAGUUUACAGAGAUUCCACCUCUAAAGUCCACAGCAUUAACAGUGAGCUUCCAUCCAUCUCAGGCAAACACAUUGUACGCUGGGGAGCUGGAAGGUUUCAUCUUCUACAAGGUGCUGCGGAAUUACCGCAAUGUGGAGGAUGUCACAAUGUGCCUACCAUGGUGCAUUACACUUCAAGCAAGGGGACACACUUUUGAGUUGGGCCACCAGCACUUUGUCCCCAGCUGUGUGCUAGAUUCUCCUCGAAUGGUAUUCCCCCCUGUAAGACAGGAUGAGCAGACACAGCGCUCCCUGCUGCUUCUAAAUACUGGACCCUCACCCAUGAGCUAUGCCCUAGACCAAGCUAGCUGCCCAUCUGUCCAGGCAAAACCAGCAGCAGGUCAUCUGUCUGCUGCUUCCCAUCAAAUUGUGCUACUGAGAACCAGCCCUAACCAAGCGGCACUGACCAGGCACUGCCUACCUGUACAGUUCAACUUCAGUCCUGACUACAGCCAGGAAAUAGUGCUAUUUUCUCGUGCUGAAAAUCCAGUGCUGAUGCUGGAAGGAGAUGGGAAGUUCUUCUUUAAGCCCACCUGUGUUGGCACCCAGUCUGAUUACUCUUACUCCAUAAAGAAUUGCUCCAGAGUCCCUCUGAAUUUUGAGUGGAAGAUACAGCAUAUGCAUAAAUCUUUCAUCUCAGUUAGCCCUGCAUAUGGAGUUAUCAGACCCAAUGAGAGCAUGGCUCAGAUUUGGUCAUUUGUGCCACAAGAAGAAAAUGUAUAUGUUGCUAAAACUACUGUGCUGACUUGGGCAGCUGAAAAUUCUACUGAGGCCAUCAAGAAGACCUGCUACAUCCUUCGCAUCAGUGGAGAAGGCUGCAAGGGGUCUCUCUCUGUGCAGCAUGAACAGGUGGAUUUAGGGAACAUUUUGGUUGGCAGUUUCCAGUCCUGUAAUUUAUUGCUGUCAAAUGAUGGAGAUUGCACUCUGGAUUAUUCCCUGAGUGCUAAGCAGGUCAUUUCAGGUGCAUGUGACCCAGAAGAGUUCAACACUGAUCCAGUCGCCCUGGAAUUUGAGAACAAUAGAGGGACUCUAACUGCGCGGACCAAGCUCGAUAUCCGGGUAACAGCUCGACCAGCCCGUAGGUUGCAAUAUACUUGGAACAUCAGCUAUCGAAUUAUUGCACCAAAAGCAUCGAAUGCCACAAAUCUAUUCAAUGAAGAACAUUUUUUGUGCCGUGUGACUGCAAAUGGAGUUUUGCCUAUAUUCUCCAUCGUUGAUGUGUGCCCGGCUGGCAGUGCCAGCUCUCUCAGUAAAACCCACCUAUGGCGGCUGUUUUCAUUGGAGAAACUGAAUGCAUAUCUUGAAAGGGACCCAACGCCUGGAGAGCUAAUAUACAGGGUGCCGACCCGACACAGCACGCGUAGAUUUCCUCCGAUAAGCACCCCAGUGCUAGUUGAUUUCAACUUUGGGGCUGCUCCUGUGGGCUCCGAACCCUCUGUGACCUUUCUCUUGGUGGAGAACAAAGGUGUUCAACCUGUCCAGUGGGAUUUCUUGUUUCCUUCGGAUCAGCAGAUCGAGCUUGAGCUUUGGGCCGAGGCCUGGGAAUUUGACCAAAGUGAAAUCCACCAACUGAAGAUCCAACACAACAAGUUAUUUACUGUUAGCCCCAAAUCAGGGAUUCUGAACCCUGGCCAGCAGAGUAUGGUACAGUUAAUGUACAGACAUGAUUUUGUUGGAACUGACCGUUUGCCAGUCCUGCUUAAAGUGUCACAUGGCCGUGAGAUUUUGCUGAAUUUUAUUGGAGUCACGGUGGAGAGGGAGCAACGGUUUGUACAUUUCACCUCCACAAAACAUCAGUUCACCCCAGUGGCCAUCGGCACAUCCAAUCCCCCAAAACAGAUAUAUGAACUUUACAAUGGUGGAGCUGUAGCCGUAAUCUAUGAAAUUGAACUGGAGCCUCUAAGGGAAAUCAAAACGCAGAAUUAUCAGCACCCUGUCUUCCAGUGUCUGAAUCCCAGAGGAGAAAUCUUACCAGGUUCAACUGCAUUUGUGGAGUGGGUCUUUUCUCCUUUGGAGGCUAAAACCUACUUUGUGAAUGUUCCUGUGCACAUUCUUGGAGGAGACUCUACUCUCAUUAUGUUUGAAGGGAUUGGAUUUGACAGCAACAUACUUGGGGACUUGGCUGUUUUUGAAGAGCUUUCACCAUUACCAUCAAUCCCGAGGCUCGUAGCACCUGGACAGAUGGUUCGCCUGAGCCAGCAGAGAUUAGUGUUUGGAGAUGUCCCUGUUUUCUGCAAAUCCAGCCGUCUAAUAUUCCUUAACAACACCUCUCAGAGUGAGUCUGCCUUCUUCAAGUGGUACGCAGGAUCCCCCAAUGUUAAUGAGAUACUGCAGGUUUCCCCUAUCUCUGGAGUUCUGCAACCAGGGGAGAGUACAAACAUCAUUGUCACACUCCAGACUGAUCAGCUAGCUGCUCUCUACACACUGGACCUGGUGUGUGAGAUUUUCUCAGAGAAGGGUCUAGUGAAAUACAACAAGGAGCUUCAAGAAUGGAAAGAAGAAGAGGAACGACAAUGCUUGGAGUUUACCAUUACAGAGCAGGAUCAGAACGAACAUGUUAUUGGGCCUGAUAACAUUUCCUGUGGAUCUGGAACAUCCAAAGUCAGUCGGUCGCUAACAGAAAUACGGCGAUAUAAGACCCUUCCACCAAUCAAGAAUGCAGAGGUCUCGCGCCCACCUGCGUGCAGAGACAGGGAAAGUCGCAGGGCACUGAAAGAAGCACAAAGGGUCUGGCCCAAACCCGAACCUCCUGUUCCAUACCAACUGCACUUGUCUGUGAUCGGAAGGUCACACCAGACAUCAGACUUCUUGAACCAUUUCCAAAAUGACUUUCACCGUCACUUCCUAUACCGAUCACCCAAGGAAAAAGAGGAGAAACCGGUGCUUGUGGAUUUACAGCCAGAAACUGGGGAACCCGACACGAGCCAAAGGAAACCAGCCGCAGUGCACCAGGAACUGGCUGUAGACAUUAUGACCUCUGUAAUCCGUAAUCUUUUGGAUGACCCAGAGUUUCAUGAAUCCCUUAAGCUGAUUCAGGAUGAUCCUACCCCCUACUAUAGUCAGGUGACCACGAAUGAGAAUGGUACUACAGAAUGCACAACUGGAGAUAUAGACCUUAACACCUCUGAACUGAAGUCUAUUGCCUAUGUAUUGGCUGCAGAAGAGGCUCAUGGGGAACAGACCGCAAACUUGCUAUUACCCACUGGAUCAGCAGCCCAAGCCCAUGCUGAAUCCAAACAACUUGUACCUCAUGACGAAGUGAAAGAAAGUAUCAGAAGGUCCCCGGCGUUCAGUAUCCUGGCGCAGUCUGUACUGGAGAACACUUUACAGAAUAUACUAAUUGAAGCCAACCGAGGAGAAGUGGCGCUUACAGCUCGUCCUCGCGUCAUUGCCCUGCCACCUGUCACACCCAGGGGGAUGAGUCCAAAUUCCAGAACUUGGUCAGUUGCCCUGGGCCAGCAUAAAAGACCUAUCUCGUGUGUAACUGAGAGAAAUGAUCUUCAUGAUGGCCCUGGACGUGCCACCCUAUAGAAGGCCAACAGACAGCGUUUGUUCCUUUCACGCUGUGCGCACAUUGCGCUAACAUGUGACUUGGAUCUCUAACUAACCCAUGGUGUGAUGUUUAGUAGCUGAAUGGAAACAUAGCGUUAAGAUGGAAUGUAACUAUGAUAAAUUUCCUUUUUUCAAGGCA